AUGUGGCCCGAAUUAAAAAUAGUGCAUGGCAAACCGAGGCACAGUCAAUCUCAAGGUAGUGUAGAACGUGCAAAUCAGGAUAUUGAAAAUAUGUUGACAACAUGGAUGCAAGAUGAAAAAAACCGACACUGGAGCAAAGGACUUCGAAUCAUCCAGCUUAUGAAAAACCGAGCUUAUCAUUCUGGUAUUAAAAUGUCUCCAUGUGAAGCUAUAUUUGGCUGCAAAAUUAAAAUUGGUCUAAACACUUCAAAUUUACCACACGAUGUAAUAAGUAUGAUAGAAAAUAAAGAACAGUUAGCUGAAUUAAUUACAGAACAAUCACAAAAUAUCGAAAAUGAAGUAUCAGCUGACACAGAACAUAUCACAGAACAACCACAAAAUAUUGAAAAUGAAGUAUCAGAAACAGAAAAAAUUACAGAACAACCGCAAAACAUCGAAAAUGAAACAUCAGACACAGAACAACAAUUAGCUACAACUAUCGAAUUAAAUAAUGAAAACGCCAAUGUCAUGUGA